CACCUGCGCGCGCAUCCUUCUCCCCCCUUCUUUUGUGGUCCGGCCCAUUGCGAGGGUGACAGGAAACCCUGUGCAGGGAGCGCCGCCAUCUUGGGCCAGCCCGAGGAAGAUCCUGAGGGAGCCUCAGGAGCAGUUGCUACCGCCACCGCUACUGCAGCCACCGGGUCUACAUCUCCUCGGCCAGCCCGCGUACCCGCGGGGCCUCGGCCGACCGCCCCUGCCUCCUCUCUCUCUGCGUCUGCAUUCCUCUUCCUCGUCCUGACGCCCCCCUCCCGCCCGGAAAGCUGCCCAGCCACCAGCAACCCCCCAGUGCCACCAUGGCAACUGCACCGUACAACUACUCUUACAUCUUUAAAUAUAUUAUUAUUGGGGACAUGGGAGUAGGAAAAUCUUGCUUGCUUCAUCAGUUUACAGAGAAAAAAUUUAUGGCUGAUUGUCCUCACACAAUUGGUGUUGAGUUUGGUACAAGAAUAAUUGAAGUUAGUGGCCAAAAAAUCAAACUGCAGAUUUGGGAUACAGCAGGACAGGAGCGGUUUAGGGCUGUUACACGAAGCUACUACAGAGGUGCUGCAGGAGCACUUAUGGUGUAUGAUAUCACUAGAAGAAGUACAUAUAACCACUUAAGCAGCUGGUUGACAGAUGCAAGGAAUCUCACUAAUCCAAAUACUGUAAUAAUUCUCAUAGGAAAUAAAGCAGAUUUGGAGGCACAGAGAGAUGUUACAUAUGAAGAAGCCAAACAGUUUGCUGAAGAAAAUGGCUUAUUGUUCCUUGAAGCAAGUGCAAAAACGGGAGAGAACGUAGAAGAUGCGUUCCUUGAGGCUGCCAAGAAAAUCUAUCAGAAUAUUCAGGAUGGAAGCCUGGAUCUGAAUGCUGCCGAGUCUGGUGUACAACACAAACCCUCAGCCCCGCAGGGAGGCCGGCUAACCAGUGAACCCCAGCCCCAGAGAGAAGGCUGUGGCUGCUAGUGACCUCUUUGCCAUGGCCCCUCAUUUGACCUUUCACCUAUGUCUGUUGGAAGCAGUACUUUUUACUGCCUCAUUGUCUUCUGUACAUCUUACUGGGUUUAAUUAAAAAAAAAAAAAAGAAAAAACAAAAACUCUGUUGUAAAAACAGUUUAACACAAUACUAAACUGCUAAACAACUAGAUGUAAUCAGGUUAUCAAAGGCAAGUAGAGUUAUAAAUCUCUCCUGCAUGGUAAAUCUAGACUUUUUUUUUCCCCCUUGAUUGUCCUUGUGAUAUGUAUGUCACCAAUACAUGAUUUAAACUGAGCACUGAUGCUGGACUUCAUGAUUUUUACCUCCCCCUCCCCCACCCCCCACCAAGCCCCCUUUGGCAAGGCUUUGUCUCACUGUACGGUUUAAUUUGAUAUGUUAAGCCUUUCUCCUCAUCUUUAACUGUUCAAGUAUGUCUGUUAUAAUCAAUAAGUUUAUUGCUGUGAAAUGACUUCUUAUGCUAGAGAAGGGGUCCUGUAACUGCUUUUUUUGUUUUGUUUUUGUCAGACAAAUUCCCUAUUUUGUGUGGAUGGCAUUUUUCAUGAGGAGGUUUGCUUCUGUCUUAGCCUUGUAUAGGGAAAAUAUCCAUUUAUUUUUCUCUUGUGCUUAUAGCUUUAUCUUUUUUUUUAUACCAUUUUAUCCUUUUCUCUUUAACAGAAAGUAAAUAUGUAUAAAAUUUGAAGGAACUGAACUAACAAUACAUUCUGUGUAUAUUAUUUUAAUGAAGAAAAUAAAUUGAUUACUGGCAUUAUAACAGUAUAAAGUACCAGUUUGUACAGUAUGACCUAUAUGUGACCAUGUUACUCCCUUCCAUUUCCCAAAAGGAAAUUAAGAAACAACUGCAGUUCACAGCACUGGCUUCACUCCUUGGUGCUGGCAGUGUUUGGGGAUGUGCUGGAAAGAGCUCCUAGCGUGAGAGGAUUAACACUACCAGAUUCUGUUCCAUCUUUGCACCAUGGCUUACCUGCUGACUUUCUGAACUCUUCUUGUGCAAUCGACAAUGUGCUAACCUGCUUUUCUCUUUUUGGAAACGUUUUGCAUUACAGGCUACAUUUCUUGCCUUACUGUAUAGAAAAAGAAAAAAGGCUGGGUUUAUUAUUGCACAUUUUAAGCUUUUAUACCUUUAUCUUUUUGGAAUGGUCAGAUUCUGAAUCCGACAGCUAGAACCGCAGGUCUGCUGUUAAGGGAUUUUAAAUUGUGCGUUUUUUACACUUCAGUGAAAUAAUUUCUCUCCUGUGUUCAUAGUAUGAAGGGGCUAUUUUAUGUCAUGUUGGCAUAAAUUGUUUUGUGAAAGGGAAGGUGCUUCUAAAGGUAUUUGUGCUGAUAACAAAGUAAGUUACUACUUUGCAUUAGGUGGUCUGGCCAUUGAAAGAAUACUGUACUAUAAGAAACAAUCUGAUUUCUUUAGACAACAAAUUUAUGUUUUACCAGGUUCUUCACUGCUGUUUACUGAUUUUAAUUGAGCUUAUGGUUCAGAGGCUGGGAAUCAAGAUGUCAUUUGAAAUAGGUAAACCUUAGCACACGACAAAAUGCACUCAGCUCAACUGCUGUGUUUAAAAUACACAUUGUAAAUCCCUCUUUAUGGACACUAAAGUACAUCUUUUGGGUUAAAAACACGUGGUAGUACCAGAGUAUUGUAUAGUCAAUGUUAAAUGAAAGCCAAAACUGGAAUGCGCAGAAAGUAGGAUUUGGUUAAUUUGUGGGCUUAUCUUUACUUUUGUCUUUAAGCUUUUUUAAAAGAUUUCCUGCAGUACAUUGGUAUAUUCUGUUAAAGACUUACAGUGAUCCAUUUUGCUUACACUGUUGCAUCACAAGGAACUUGCCCAGGGACCAUGACCUGCUGGUAUGUGUGUAUAUUUACAAAACAAAAUAAACAAACCACCCAUUGGGAUAUAAGGUAGCAAUCACAAACUAGACUGUGGCUUGUUUAGGUGCAAUACCCUGAUUCCCAAAGUUAGUUACAGUGGGCCUUAUUGUUUUUGUGACAGAAGGAUUUAUUCAGACUGCUGUACUCUUCAUUUGAUGUAACAAAAUGCUAUUAAUCUAAAUAUUUGUAAAUAAAGUACCUGUAUCUAGAUUAAAUUAAAA